AUGAACCAAUCGAACCAUCUCACUCUCGAGGAGUUUCUCAAGACAGUACCCUCGGUAUUCGAAGAGGCCAAUGCGGCCAAAAAAUCCGUGAAUCUAUCAGUAAAAAGAUUGGUGGAAAGAAAUGUGGUGGAGGGAAACGAUGAGUUCAACGCUUCAGAACUACCGCUUGCAGACGUUUCCAGAAAGUCCAAGUUCACAAGCAUUCCUCAAGAAGCACGCAAGAAACAGUACGACGUUUUGGUGCGUAUAAAAAAAGGUCAUGGUGAUACUGCAGUAAAGCAUUCUACAGUGGUAAAGGCAGAAAACCUGGAUAAAUUUUGGCAGGAAUACUCUUCUGCUAUCAAAAGUGGUAUGACAGGGCUGGUGAAGAAAAAGAAGACUAAAAAGACCAAAAAGUCGUUGCGGAACUAA